AUUUAUAUUUCUUGUAGCUUUAAAUAGGGAUGAUUAGAGAGUUUUUCUUUAUUUAAUUCCUUCUCGUAUUCUCUCUGUCCUCUUUUUUAAAAUUGGUUUCCCUCCAGUCGCGUGUCAUCUGCUAAAAACCCUUUCCCUCCAAACAGUCCUCCACCCACCGCUCUCAAAAUCUUCCUCCUGUCGCCGCCGUUGAAACGCCCUACGAAAUCUUCCUCCACCGCAUGUUGGUAAUGACAACGUCGGAACGCUAUCUCUCUCUCUCUCUCUCUCUCUCUCUCUCUCUCUCACAUUUCUCACUUACCUUUUUCUUUCAUGUACUCUACUCUCGAGCAAUAGCAAGCGCACGAACUGCUGGCAGAAUAUCAAACAUUUUGUCCAAUCCAUCACCGGACUCCCCCUCCGAUGUCCCCAACGUUGUGGUUCAGGUCAUUGAUCUCAAGGCGAUGGGAAAUCGCUAUAUGGCUACACUUGUGACCAUGAGGCUUGGAGCAGAUGUUCUUGUGUUUUUCCAUUGCAAUGGAAGUGAUCAAAGAGGUAGCUUUUGGAUUCUCCAUUGCUGCCGAGAGAUGAUGAGUGCGGUAAUGAGGGUUCCUUACGGUACAACACUUACAUUUUCAAUGUGCAAUCCUUUCAUAGUAUCAUUUUAUACGUGUUGUUGCUUCAAGAAGUAUUUGGUGAAACUUACUAUGAGGCUUCAUGAAGUAUGCAACACUCGAAAAGACGUAAUUAUUGAGGGUCAGAACAUAAUUUAAUGUUUUAGUCUUAUAGUUAGUAAUUUUAUUUUUCUUUGUAAAUUAAGACUAGUUUGUGGAGAGACAUGAAUAGCCAUACUACUCUUUGUUGGCGUGAAUUAGUUAAUUGUUGUGUUUAUUGAAAGUUGAGUUGUCGCGUAUACAAAUAUUGUAAAUUCUUUAUAUUAUUGUAAAUUAUGUACAUAUGACUUAUUGUUGAAGAAUGAAAUUAUUGUUGGUGUUGGAAAA